UCUUUGAAAAAUAUAUUAAUCAUUUCAUAUCGCUGCUUAUUUUACGAAAAUGUAUAUCACAUAAAUAUGUCUUAUAACGCUUGUGAUGCCAAGAGGCAUAAAACAAAAAAAUUCAGCUAUAAGAGAAAGCCAAUUGAUGUGAAUCAAACCAGACAGGUAUCUAAUGUGCAAGAACCCCCGAAAUUGCAUGAGGAUAGUAAACCAAAACAGGCAAGAAGCCAGUCACCAGAAACCAAAAAAACAACACCAGAAACCAGAAAACCAAUACCAGAAACCAGAAAACUAACACCAGAAAUCAAAAAACAAAUAUCAGAAACAAGGAACUAUCCAGAAAAAAAUUUUAAAAAUCAAAAUGAUCAAACAGAAAUAGCUAAUAAUGAUAAUGUUAAAAUGUCUCCUGGAUUUGAAAAUAAAGCAACGCAAACAAGAAUUUGCUGUAUUCAUAAACAUUGCAAAAGAAAACAGCGGAGACAAAACGGAAAUUUCAUUCAAGACAUGUGGUUUUGUUUGACAAAAUUAUGUAAAUAA